AUGAUGCAGCUGCCAGCCUCUCUCCCCAACGCUUCGUCCUACCUGGGACCGUCCCCCGAGGGCGAGGCGCUCCUGCCCCGAGCCGGCUUCAUCACCCUCUCCAUCGUCAUGGCUAUGUUCACCGUACCGGCCAUCGUGUUGAACUCCACGGUGAUCGUGGUGUCGCUGAUGAACAAGCAGCUGAGGCAACCUCUGAACUACGCCCUGGUCAACAUGGCCGUAGCUGACCUGGGGACAGCGCUGACUGGUGGGGUUCUGUCUGUGGUCAACAACGCUCUGGGGUACUUCUCCCUGGGACGGACCGGCUGUAUCAUAGAGGGAUUCUCUGUGGCUCUGUUUGGUAUCACGUCACUGUGCACGGUAGCUCUGAUUGCCAUAGAGAGGAUGUUUGUGGUGAGCAAGCCGCUAGGACCAAUCUCUUUCCAGACAAAGCAUGCGGUUGGGGGUGUGGCCUUGUCAUGGGUUUGGUCUCUCAUCUGGAACACCCCGCCCCUAUUCGGCUGGGGAAGGUACGAGCUGGAGGGUGUGGGGACGUCGUGUGCCCCGGACUGGCACAACCGGGACCCCAAUAAUGUGUCAUAUAUCCUGUGCUACUUCCUGCUGUGUUUCGCCGUGCCCUUCCUCAUCAUCGUGGCCUCUUACUCUAAACUCAUUUACACCUUAAGACAGGUCUCUGCAAUGGGCUGUAUAGAAGGGGGUGCAGCAGCCAAGGCGGAGGCUAAGGUGGCCCGCAUGGUGGUUCUGAUGGUGGUUACUUUCCUGAUCAGCUGGCUGCCCUAUGCUACCCUGGCCCUCGUGGUGGUCUCCCACCCUGAUGCCCACAUCAGCCCUCUGCUGGGCACCGUGCCAGUCUACCUGGCCAAGAGCAGCACCGUGUACAACCCUCUCAUCUACCUCUAUAUGAACAAACAGUUCCGGAGAUAUGCAGUGCCCUUCCUGCUCUGUGGGAGGGACCCAUGGCCAUCUGAGGAGGAGGGGUCAGAGAUGCAGACCACUGUGGCAACCAUCAACAACAGAGUCUCCCCCAGUUGA